AUGACGUAUAUCAAGAGAGACUCAAGAGCAGCCAAUUAUUCCGACUUGACCCUCUCUCCUAUCUCUACCUCAGAUCUCCUUCACUAUGGCGAGAUCACCCAAGAAACAGUCUCAUUCUCUGCCCUCAGAGCCCUGGAAGGUCGACGAGCCUUUCGGUCCUCCUCCGAUCCAAAUCCAACGCUCGGUCUCGGGGGUAUCCAGCGACUCCGAAAUACGCUCUCCAAGAUCUCCCCUUCGGCUCUCGCCGAGAAAGAACUCCUCCGCAAGAAGAACCAAUACAAAAUUCCUCUGACUGAACGCAAUGUCGACACACUCGUCACAGCACAAGAGUGCAAUGAAGCCUACAAACCUCGUCACUCACCCGAGAUCCAAGUCACCGAGUGGCUCGAGCGAGUAUCAUGA